UCCACUUCUCACUAAGCAGCAGCGAACAGAGCUCACAGCUUCUCUCUCUCUCUCUCUCUCUCUCUCUCAACUAAAGAAGAGAUUUUCAGAUGGGAGAAGGAAAGGGCUCGACUCUGGUCCACGUUCUGGUGGUGAUUCUGAGCCUCAUUGCCUUUGGAUUCGCCAUUGCCGCUGAGAGACGAAGAAGCGUUGGCCAUAUUGAAACAGAUGUAACAAAUGCUACAUACUGUGUCUACAACUCUGAUGUUGCAACUGGUUAUGGAGUUGGUGCUUUCUUAUUUCUUCUUUCAAGUGAAUCACUAUUAAUGGGUGUGACAAAGUGCAUGUGUUUUGGAAGACCAUUAAACCCAGGCGGAAAUCGAGCUUGGUCCAUCAUCUAUUUUGUCUCAUCAUGGUUGACUUUUCUGGUUGCAGAAGCAUGUCUAAUUGCAGGUGCAACAAAAAAUGCAUACCACACGAAGUACCGAGGAAUGAUAUAUGCUCAAAAUUUCUCAUGUGAAACAUUGCGGAAAGGUGUUUUUGUCGCUGGAGCAGUGUUUGCUGUUGCAACAAUGGUUCUUAAUGUAUACUACUACAUGUAUUUCUCCAAGGCUACUGCCCCUCAGGCAACCCAAAAAGCAAAUCGUGCAAGUUCACACGUUGGGAUGACUGGAUACGCUUAAAACCACCUACGAGACCAGAUAACUAAGUUUGCUUCAUGAUAUUUUGAGUUCUGCUGGUGAUUGUAUUGUAUGAUUCUACUGUUGUGCUUAUCUAGUGAUAUGUUAUCGAGUUUAUGAUUUGUGAA